AUGAAUCGAUCUUCAAGUCUGGCAACUUUUCAAGAAAAUCAACAGAGAAAUCAUGCAAAAACAAUCGCAUUGAAUGGUUUAUCAAUAAGAAGAACAACCAGUCUAAAAACUGAUCAGAUUAUUCAAUCAAGAAAGAGGAUUGUUGCGAAACCGGCUCAAAAACCAAUUCACAAUGGUGAUACAAAUCGAAAAGUUCUGUUGAAUCGAGUAAGAAGUCUUUUGAUUCGAAAUGAAAAUGUGAAUGGAAAUAUAAAUGGAAAUGGUAUAAAACGUGGAUUGGCAAGAAGUUUCAGCUUGAAAAGUUUUCGAAGAAAGUCUAUUUCAAGGUGA